UUUCACCUAUUUUCAGUUUUUAAUUAUCAACAGGCAAUCAAAUGAUAAUUAAUAUCAGAAUUAAUAAAUAGAAAAAAAAAAUAAAUUAACACAUUUGACGAGGGUGAAACGGAAAAAGACGAGUGUUUUCGAGUUGGUCUCGAGAGCGAGGGAGAAAAAAAAAAGAAAUAGAGAGAGCAAGUCGCAAAAUGAUGAGGUCGCGCAAGCGCUAUCCAGGGUCGUUUCUACGUCUUGUGUCAGGGUGAAAAUGCACCAUGGCACGGGAAUGUCAUCGGGAGUUAGAUUUUGCUAUCAAAAUCGCACAAUGCAACCCAGAAAUGGGAUUUGCGACAAAAUUGAAAAUUACAUAUCCGAGCUUCGACAGUGGGCAGUAUGGAAGGCGAUAAUAAUGGGCCAAUUUCUUUCGGUGGUGCUUUGUUUCAUGACGCUCUUUAAUCAUCAAAUGAACACAUCGGAGCACGUUUCGCUUCCAACAGCACAAAAUGUACCGCAUUAUGUAAUGAUGUGUCUCGUAUACACCACAUGGCUAUCGUGUAGGGGUGCAGGGCAUGGAUUAAUUUCCGUAUUAAGAGCAAGGGGUUGGCGUUACUUGCUUUUGGCACUAAUAGACGUUGAGGCCAACACACUGAUUACGUCCUCGCAUCGUUUCACUAGUUUGGCUAGUAUACAGUUGCUGGACUGUGUGGCGAUUCCAGUGGCAUUGGCACUUUCGUGUCUGGUACUCGGCGUGAGAUACCGAAUGGUCCAUAUAGUAGGUGUUUCAAUUUGCCUAAUGGGCGUUGGAUGUUUAGUCUGGGCUGGAAUUGACGAGGAGAAAGAUCCUGCGUCAACAGGAAAAAAUCAAUUAGUUGGCGAUAUGCUAUGCCUCGGGGGUGCCGUAUUAUUUUCCGUUAUUACGGUUUUGCAAGAAUUAGCUGUCAAAACUGUCGAUAUCAUCGAGUACCUGGGAAUGAUUGGAUUUUUUGGCACAAUUCUCAGUUGUACUCAAGUUGGAGUUCUGGAGCGACUACAACUCGAAACAUUUCGCUGGGAUGAUAUAUUGACAGUGAUAUAUUUGGUUGUUUAUUCCAUCACACAAUUUGUUUUCUAUUCUCUCAUUCCAGUUAUUCUAUACGAAUCUGGAGCAACGGCCUUGCAACUGUCACUAUUAACGGCUGACUUCUUUAACGUUCUAUUCGGCAUACUCAUUCAUCGUUAUAAAUUCCACACACUUUACUUCCUGUCUUACAUGCUUACCAUGAUGGGCGUCUAUAUUUAUGCAAUAAAACGAACUCCAAUGUCUACAAGUUCACAGAGGCAACGUCCAGAACCGCCACCUGCUCCAGAUUAUAGUGAUUUUAUUUUAAGACACAUGUCCCAUGAUUUGGAAAUGGCAACCAGUUCAGGAAUGUCAGUAAUGAGCGGAGCUUUCGAUGUGCGAACAUCAACUAUUGGAAGUGAAGGUGAAAUAAUGGAUGCCACUAGUUUACCACUAAGCGUAAGUUCUGACACUGCAUUCACAUCAUUCUAUGGUAGUCAGGCUAAUUUAAAAGUACCAUCGCGAACCGGAAGGACCCCAUCAAAUUCAAAUGUUAAUCAUGAGAACGCCAUUAUCAGUGCAUCUUGAUGAUAAUGCACAAGACGUAAUAUGUCAAUAAUCUAAUUAUAUACUUAUAAAUAUUAUAUAAAAAAAUACGUUUUAGUAUAAACGAAAUAUUUUCUUUUCACUGGUAAAAUGUAAAAGAAGAUAAAAUAUGUUAACUGUGAAUAUUAUUAUUAAUCAAUUAUUUUUAUUAUUGA